AUCUUUUGUGGCACGGCAGGAGCUGCUGGAUGACGAGGAGGAAGGAUCUUGAAAGAAGGGAAGGAGCCUCGGGGAAGGGGAGGGGCCAUUUUGAGAAAGGGAAGAGCCAGGUGUGAAGCGCCUGGGCUUUAGGAGCAACAGGUGGAUUGUGUGUGUUUGACGACUUGUGCUUUCAUGUAGACUUGGAAGCUGAGAAGACAGGCAUUGCUUUACUAUUUUAUUACCAGAGCUAGGCAUCUGAUAGGCACUUAGCAAGUGAACGGGUGUGAGUGGAAAGAGCGGAAGGGUUGGAGACUGGGACUGCAGUAAAAACCCAAACGGCUGAUCUGGAGCGAUGGUUGUAUGAAUCACGCCCUUAAGAUUCCUUCUAUGGGUCAUCGAAGCUGCUGUGCUCUGUGGGCACGAAAGAAGCAUAAGGAGCAAGAUAAUUAACGUAGAGAGAUAAGAUUUAUACUCCUGAAAAUGUGAACAAACUGUGCAAAUUGAGUGGUGCAUGUGCUUAACUUUGAGGCAGAUUCAACUCCCUGCCGAACUGUGUUCCAAAAUUGUAAAUUAGGUUGAAGCCUUCAUAUCAUUUUCCUUUAGAAACUAUAUGACCAGUGAUCAGCGUGCCCAAGACACUCUUCAAGACCUAUUUAACCACUUCAUAUGCCUGAAGCUUAGCUCUGUAUUAAGAAACUUUGCUUCCACCAUAGCUAAAGGUGUUUCUGUUCAUUGAUUUCCUCACCCAACACAUGUUGUUAAGGAUCCACAAGACCGCCCAUUCCGUAUUCUAGUUGAGACUAUGAGAAGCCUAUCUUUCCCAGGCUGAAAUUCGGACGUAGAUUCAAGAUUCUUUUAAACCUGAAACUUCCAGAAAGAAGUGGGGAGGGUGUAGGGCGUGAUAUAGAGCCAAGGAGAUGGCAAGGAGUUUUAAGGGAUCAUAGCUUGCUUUUGACUUAAGUGUCCUGGGCUUUUCACCUCUCCUGGCCCAUUAACACCCCCCUCCUUAAUUACCUGAGAAUGUGUCAACCAGGUGUAGGAAUCUAGAAUAAGGCAUUUGGAAUCUGACUUUUUAUAUAAGCAAUGGCAAAUAGGUAGCAUGUGUGUUACCACUCUUUAUUCUCUAGCAGACAUCAUUAAUCAACCACAGAACUCUUUCCUGCAGUGGCCAAGUCUUAACACCCUUUUCAAUGCAACGCUGUAGUUGUGUUGGGACUGUUUGGAACCAACAAUCUUCUUCAAGCCUAAGAUAGAGAGAAAAGACCGCCAACAUUCUGUUUUAGUAGUGGAGCAUCUUAAUCCAGUUUGAACACCAGUGUUACUGAGGAGCACCUAGCUAUCUGAUUUCUUUCAUUUCCUCUGAUCUCAUAUUGGAAACGAUUAGGAUGUCCAAAGAUAUUUGAACUUCCAUAGGAAGAAGAUGUUAAAAACCUUCAGCCCCAAUCACAGUAAUGGAUCUCUGUCAGAAAAAUGAGACGGAAUCAGAAAAUAGUGAAAAUAAUGAAAUUCACAGCCCAGAAGAAACAGAAUUAACCUAUACUUGCCCGGAUGAAAGAAGUGAAAAGAAUCAUGUUUGUUGUCUUCUCAGUAUCAGUGAUAUUACGCUUGAACAAGAUGAAAAAGCCAUGGAAUCUGUCAUCGGAACGGGGUGGGAAGAAGCUGUCCAAGGCUGGGGAAGGACUUCUCCAACUGCCUGCAUCUGGCCCAGGAAGAAGCUUAAAAAGGCGAGGGUGGGAGAAGGUGCCGGUAGCUGCUUACUCUGUGGCAGUCUCUCCCAAGGGAGCGCUGAGGCCAGGCCUCAGGCGGAGGCGGAGAAGUUGGGGUCAGGGGCUCCUGCUGAGGUGGGUCUGGAGAAGGAUCAAGGCAGCCCCUCCCAGACUCGGGGAACCUCUCUGGGCUCCACCACCGCCACCUCCAGGGAGGUUAGCAAGAUCUGCUUUCCCCGCUGCGGUCAGGGAGAGAAAAAGAGUCUGCAAAUAAAGGAGUUUAUGUGGUGCAAGGAAGACUGGGCCACCCCUGAGGCUCUUAGGGGCAAGGACCCCAGAAGCCCCAGCAGAGGUCCCUCCAUCUCAGACUCCUUGACUUCCGGGGCCCUUUUAGUUCUGCCUCCCCUGAAGGCUUCACUCCCAAAUGGCUUGGAUGUUCUGGGUAAGAAGAGUAAGAACUUCUUGCAGCCGGAGAAGGUGCUGAGUGUGGAAAAGGAUGAGUGUGUGGCUUGUGCAUAUGGAUUGAAAACAGUUGAUGGGAAAGGUGAAAAGAGACCCAUUGAGCUGGCCAGUCACCCCAAGGUCAAUGACACACUGCCUUUUCCUCCCCGGGUGGCACCGACAUCCCUGCUGGCGCAUCAGGAGCGGUGCUGCCUGCACUGGUCCCUCCUGCCUGAGAAAAACCUGGUGUGCCCUCCUGACCCCAGCAACGUGCGCUAUCUCGCCACCGUGCGGCUUUUGCAGAGACACGGAGUACAGAACUACAAAGCCAAAUUCAAAGCCAGGGAGCCAAGGCCUCCCGUCAACACCCAAAAGUGCAUUCUCACGGAGGCCAAGCAGGAACACAGGCCCCAAACGUUGGAGACCAAAGUGUUCCCGAGAACUCUCUUGCCGUCCCUCACCGUGAGCAGAGUUGUCAUUCCUGUCUCCGCUCACAGACUGCUCUGAGUUGCCACAAUAGAAUUCCCUGGGAAUACGCACUGUUUGAAUUCAUUGAUCCUCUCCCUGUCUCUCCCCUGCCCCGUCCCAUCCUUUCUUCUUUUCUUCUCUUCUUCCAUACUCUUACCACCCACCCACCCUCCCCUUGCCUUUUUUUUUUUUCCAGUAGAACCGGGGGAAAUGGAACUUCAUGGUAGGAGUUUUGAUUUAUUCUCAAAACCCUCAUAUUUAUGUGCCCUGCUUCCGUUGCUGAGCCAUUUACAAAAUGCAAACUGUAGAGCCAGUGUCAGCCUCUGCCUGCCUUAUCUCUCUACUCCCCCUAGAAGCCAAGUGCAUGGUGGGGACUCUGAAGGGCUUCCCUCAGUGAUGCCCUUGGCAGCCCCGUGCCAGCUGGCAGGGGCUCGCUCUGCCCCACUCUGGUGCCCUAAGCUAAGUGUAAGUGCUUAUUUUCGAUCAAAUUGUAUCCUGAUCUUUUGAACCAGGCAAAUAUCUGUCUGUUGAUUUCUUUUCUCUUGCAACAAAGAUCUGAAACAUUGUUUUAAUAGAAAACUCCAGCCUGUGUCCAAAUAAAUAUCCUUCUGUCCGAGGCAUCAUAUGCUGAUACCCAUGGAUAUAUCAUAUCUGCUACUUGCUACAUAUCUCAGGGUUUCAUAUGCUUAUGUGAUAGCCUCAUGCUAGUCUCCAGGUCUGCAAAAGUUUUAGCUACAGCUCUAUAAGGUCCAUCCUGGGAAGCAGGUCAAGAAUAAUUAUUUGAACAGAAAAGUCAGUGUAAUUAUAACUGUCACCCCACAAGCUUCCUCCAGCCUUACUUUGCAUCUAAUUUCUGGGAACUUACAACCCCACACAGACACUUGUGGAAUAAGGGUGUCACUUUCUCCUUCUGCCCUUCUUCUUCUCUCAUUUUACCUAUUCAAUGCCUAUUUCCUGAAGUUGUAUAUAAACAUUUGUAAAUGAGUUAUGUUUUAAGUGCCAAGUAAAAAUGCUAUGUAGAGAAGUGCUCUGAAAAACCAUUUUGUAAUAUGAAUAACCAUUUAGCCACUCUGUAAUUACAUAGUUUGCAUUUGCUUAAGUAGGUUGUACUUGAACUCUGGACUUCCUGUCCCCUAAAUGAUGGGUAGACAGAAUAUAUGACUGUAUUUCUAAACACCUGCUUUCCACAAUUGGUCUUUGUAAUGCCUUUUCUCUUAGUUUUAGAUUUCUUUAUUGUUUUGUGAUUUAUUUACAAAACACCAGAAAUGCAGAAAUGAUUAUAGUACAAUGGUCAUUAAAAAGGUGUGUUUUGCCUGUUGAGGUUGGUUACUUUUUUAUAGUCUAGAAGUAAUUUUUAGGUUCUACCCACCUCUUCUUCUCCGAGUGAAGAAACCAUCUGGAUUUUGCCUACAAGAAACUCUGACUUCAAGGCACCUGGGAGGCUC